UUACAUCGCUAUGUGGGAGGGUCGGGACCGGUGAGGGGUUUCAUUUUUGUGCCCUGUUGGGCUCCCCAUUUUCCAUUCCGAUCUGCUGCUCCGAAGGUGCCAAAGAGCCGGAGUUCUGUCGCCGGCGAACCAGGUGUUUUUAUCUGCCUACUUAAGCGUCCCUUUGGUAGUGGCAUCCCCUUUGGACUGCAGCCUGAGCAAUUGCGGAGGUUGUCCCCGGAGAUGUACAGCGCCACAAGCGACGGCGAGGUUGUACCGGACGCGGUGCCCAAGAAGAUCCCGCCGGCUUCUUCCAUGCCGUGGGUUCGAAACCUCCGUAGGUACAUCGGAUCGGGGGCUGGCUUAGGCUCCGAGGCACGAAUGGAGCUUGAAACAAAAAGGAUAUUGCUUGAUAUCUUUAAAGAACGGCAGAAGCAAAAUGCUGAAGCAGGCACAAUACCUAGUUUCUACAAAAAGAAACCUGAAGAAGGCUCAAUCAGCCAAAGAGUUCAAAGAUUAGCAAAAUAUAGAUUUUUAAAGAAACAAUCAGAACUCCUUUUAAAUGCCGAGGACUUGGAUGCUAUGUGGGUUUGCUUACGAGAAAACUGUGUGAUCGAUGAUGCUACUGGUGCGGAGAAGAUGAACUAUGAAGAUUUCUGUCAUAUUGCAUCGGUUUGUGCUGAACAAAUUGGUUCAAAAUGUCGGCGGUUCUUUAGCCCCUCAAAUUUUAUGAAGUUUGAGAAAGAUGAAUCUGGAAGGAUAGCUAUACUUCCGUUUUAUCUCUAUGUCAUGAGAACGGUAUCUCUUACACAAGCAAGAAUUGACAUGAGUGAGCUUGAUGAAGAUUCUGAUGGAUUCCUUCUGCCUCAUGAAAUGGAAGCUUAUAUAAGAGGUCUCAUACCCAACCUUGCACAGCUAAGGGAUAUGCCUGCAGCCUUUGUUCAAAUGUACUGUCGAAUAGCUGCACAGAAGUUCUUUUUCUUCUGUGAUCCUUACAGGCGAGGGAAAGCAUGUAUAAAGAAAAUACUGCUCAGCAACUGCCUUCAGGAGCUUAUGGAACUGCACCAGGAUAGUGAGGAAGAAGUUGCUGAUACUGAACAGGCUGAGAAUUGGUUCUCUCUGACUUCUGCCCAACGAAUAUGUGAUAUGUUUCUUGCAUUGGAUAAGGAUAUGAAUGGGACGUUAAGCAAGCAGGAGCUCAAGGAGUAUGCCGAUGGAACGUUGACAGACAUAUUCAUUGAGAGAGCCUUUGAUGAACAUGUGCGCCGUGGUAAAAUGGGAGGGGGUAAUGCACGAGAGAUGGACUUCGGAAGCUUUCUAGAUUUCGUGUUAGCUCUCGAAAACAAAGAUACUCCUGAAGGAUUAACUUACUUAUUCAGAUGUCUUGAUCUUCAUGGAAGAGGUUUUCUAACUACUGCUGAUGUGCACACUCUCUUCAGAGAUGUUCAUCAGAAAUGGAUGGAAGGUGGAAACUAUGAACUAUGUAUUGAAGAUGUGAGGGAUGAAAUCUGGGACAUGAUCAAACCUGCCGACCCUCUCCGAAUAAGUCUUGCCGAUCUCCUUUCCUGCAAGCAGGGCGGCACUGUUGCUAGCAUGCUUAUCGAUGUUCGAGGUUUCUGGGCUCAUGAUAACAGAGAGAAUCUCCUCCAGGAAGAAGAAGAGCCCGAGGAGUAGCUUGUUUCGGGGAGGGCAAAGGGAUGUAUUUACAUAUCUUUUACACCUAUACUUUCAUUUUUACAUGCAUAGAAAUUUGGUGCGUCAAAUUAA